AGGGCGGCUGGUGGAGUCAACGCGUUCUAUGAUUUUGUACGAUUGAUCUUAUAAUAUUUGUCAUACCAUUACAAACUACCGAAACUUCAUUUCAAAACAGAAAUGCAGGAUCAGGAUGAGCAAAUAAAAGACCCUGACGGUUACGCCACCAAGAAGACCACUACAGCGGGCCUGGUGGACGUCAGCCUGUUCACUAGCAACAUCUCCCAGCUAGUGACGAUCACCAGAUCAGAGGGCGGUGUCAACACAGCCCAGGAGUGGACAAGGGUUGUGUUUCUAAUCAUCUGCAUGGUGCUCCAAGUGGCUCUGAUGUUCAUACUCGGCUAUCAGCGUUCCCAAAACAUCAACCGUCUUGGAGAAGGUGCUAACGAAAUUACAACUACCUUGGGCGCUGCAAAUCUACGAAACUACGAAAAAGCAAUUAUGGCAAAGAAGCUGAAAAGGGACAAAAAAGAAAAUAAGCUCAAUAUGUCGAAUUACGCUGCCACCACGCUGAGCACUCUGAUGGUAUUAUUCAACAUCAUCAUUGCUGCUCUGGUUUGGGAAACCCAGACUUGACAGUGGGUGGAUGACGUGAGAAAACUUACCUUUAUGGUAACUGGACUCAAUUAAUUCACUAACUUGAAUAUGUAAAAUGCAUCCGGACGCUUUUGUGACGAAAUAGAAAGUGAAUA